ACUGACAAACUACUGUCCUGAUCAUUUUUGUCAUUUUCUGUAACUAACUGCAUGCAAAACCCCUGCUCUGUUUUCUCCCUCCCUGUAUAAACACCAGAAGUUUCUGCGUAAACCCCAAAAUUCUUCAGUUAUGGAAGCCGAAAACCUAUGGCCAAAAUCCCCUCCGCUUUCUAAAGCUCAAGAAAAGGCUAAAAGGUUCCUGGAGGCUGCUUGUGAAGGGGAUAUUGAGCUUUUCAAGAAAUUGGCAAAGGAACGGGAUCAUGGGAAAGGGAUGGUCGCUACGGUGGCGUCUGUGAAGGAUGGUAAAGAACGAGGGGCAUUGAUAUUUGCCGCUGCGGAAGGAAAAAUUGAGUUGUGCAAGUACUUGGUGGAAGAAUUGAAGAUUGAUGUCAAUCAAAGAGAUAAAGAAGGUCAGACUCCUGUUCUUCAUGCUGCUAGGCAAGGACACACUGCUACUGUCCAGUACCUCAUAGAGCAGGGUGCAGAUCCUAAAACAUCCAAUGCCUCAGGGACAGCUUUGCAUAAUGCUGCAGUAAAUGGACAUAUUAAAUUGGUUAAAUUGUUACUGUCAAAGGGUGUAGACAUUGAUUUGCAAAGUGAUGUUGGAACACCACUUAUAUGCGCUGCAAGUCACGGCCAGGAAGAUGCUGUUAAGGUUUUGCUGGAACACCAUGCUAAUUUUGAUGCUCAAACAGAAGAUGAUAAUUUGUGCUCUCUGGUAUCAGCUGUAGCAGCCAAUUCAUUGCGUUGCGUGGAGCUGUUAGUAAAGGCAGGGGCUAAUGUCAAUGUUAAGGCUGGUGAUGCAACUAGGUAUGGUGAAACAACUCCUUUGCUCGUUGCUGCUCGGAAGGGUAAUGCAGAAAUUAUUAACUUCUUACUACAAGCUGGAGCUGAUCCUAAUGCCGCUGAUGAGGAUGGUAACAAGCCAAUACAUGUUGCAGCUACAAGUGGCAGUCGGGAGGCUGUUGAAGCUUUAUUCGCGGUCACACCACGGAUUCAGAGUGUUCCUGAAUGGAGUGUGGAUGGAGUCAUUGAGUUUAUGCAAUCUGAAUAUAGGAGAAAACAGCAGGAAAGAACAGAAGCUGGGAGGCAAGCAAACAAUGGCCCUAAGAAAGAUUUACCUGAGGUGAAUCCUGAAGCAAAGAAGAAAGCUGCAGAUGCAAAUGCGAGGGGAUUCGAGGCAUUUAAGAUGAAUGAUUUUGCUACGGCUAUAGAUGCUUAUACGCAGGCAAUCAAUUCUGAUCCAACUGAUGGCACUCUGUUUUCCAAUAGAAGUCUUUGUCGGCUCUGCCUGACUGAAGCUAAACAUGCCUUGGGUCAAGCUGAACACGCCUUGGGUCAAGCUAAACAUGCCUUAAGUGAUGCCAAGGCCUGCAAAAAACUUAGACCAGAUUGGGCAGAAGCUUAUUAUCGGCAAGGUGCAGCUCUACGUGUAUUGCAGAGGUUUUCAGAGGCAGCCAAUGCUUUCUAUAGGGGCAUCCAGAUCGACCCUGAAAAUAAGGAUCUCUUAACUGCUUUAAGGGAAACUGUUGAAAGCAUGGAUGGUAGAGAAUAAGUUGUCUGUCAUCAAAAAAUGAGUUAGGAAGCACAUAAUAGUCACUUCUUUUUCCCUUUUCUUUGGUAGUUUCAAAAUGGAUCAUUUUGAUGUUUUGCCCUCUAGUUCUGUUGCAUCUUCAGCAAUUUAUAGACACCGUUUUUGUUAAUCUCAA